AAUGUUCAUUAUUUAUUUUAAAACUUUUCAUUUUUAAAUUAUGUGUUAAAAUAAAGCCCUUGGAAGUGAUAAUUGGUUCAAAAACUCUUAAUAAAUCGAGUUGUCCGUUGUCAGUCAGCUAUCUAAAUACACGAACAUCAAAAAAUUGAUUGCAUAACAUGCCCGGUUAACCCCAAAAGAAAUAUAGAAUAUGAAUACCUUGCAUGUAAAUAUAAUCCUAAGAACUUGUCUACGAUUAGAUAGGUUGUUAAAACAGGAGAUUAUUAGUAUUUGGGCCAGGCGUACAAAAUCAGAAUGUCGUAGUAUCCUUUGUAACUUGCCAAGCCCUUGUCUCACAAGAAACGUACACACUACGCAAGGAGAAGGAAAAGUCCAGAAGGAUGGUAUGACUGUUUUACCUUCACCGCAGGAGGUAACUGUAAUAUUACGGAAAAAUGAGUUCAGUAAAGAAUUCACAACAGGAUCAAUCAAAUCUUAUGAUUCCAAUCAAUUGGCUUCAAAUAGUCCAAUUGAAGAUACAAGGAGUGAGGCACAAUGCAAGAUGAUACCAGGCUUACUUAUGGGAGUAUUUGAUGGUCACGGCGGACCCGCUUGCGCUCAAGUUAUUUCCAAGCGGCUGUUUAACUAUAUAGCGGCCGCACUCCUCCCUGACGACCUAUUAACUAAAGUUAUAAACGACCACCCUCAGGAGAGUUUGCUGGAAACUUACAAUGAUAGAGUUGAAAUUGUACAAGACCUCAAGUUGACAUAUGAAAAUAAUUUUAAGGAUUAUUUAACAGAAUUAGCUAAAACACCUAAAAGUAAUGUAGACGUCGGUACGGCGUUAGAACAGGCAAUUAUGAAAUUAGAUAGUGAUAUAUCGAGAGAAGCAGUAGAACCAUUUGAAAAAACUGGAAAAAUAAAUCCAAAGACAUUAUCGGUAGCUUUAUCGGGUGCUGUUACUUGUGUAUCUCAUGUAAAUGGCCCCCACUUGCAUGUGGCGAAUGUUGGGGAUUGUAACGCCGUGGUAGGGACCAAGACCGAGGAUGAGGAAUGGGUAGCUACAAAAAUUACAAAAGAACACAAUUCAGAAAAUUUUGAUGAACUAAAAAGGAUUUGGAGUGAACACCCAGAGGACGAGAAAAAAACCGUAAUCAGAAGAGAUAGACUUUUGGGCGAGCUGGCUCCCCUUCGUAGCAUGGGGGACUGUAGGUACAAAUGGUCCGUGGAAACACUCACUGCAUUAGCGGUCCCUGUAUACGGGGAAAGGGCAAUACCCGCCUACUACCACACUCCACCUUACUUAACGGCCAAGCCCGAUAUAUAUUAUCACAGACUGGCACCUAAAGACAAAUUCUUGAUUAUAGCCUCGGAUGGAUUGUGGGAUAUGAUGACUCCCUUGCAGGCGGUGAAGCUAGUCGGCGAACACAUGAAAGGGAAAGUAUUCUUCAAUCCGCUCAAGUUGCCGCGCAAGAAUAUACAGUUAGGAGAUAUAAACGAGUUGCUGCUUCACAGAAAGCAAAGUCUGAAGAGUAAGCCCAAAGAUCGGAACGCCGCGACCCACCUGAUCCGGCACGCCGUCGGAGGCACGGAGUACGGCGUGGACCACUCGCGGCUGGCGCACCUGCUGAGCCUGGCGCCCGACGUGUGCCGCAUGUUCCGCGACGAUAUCACCGUCACUGUCGUUUACUUCGACUCAGAGUUCCUAAGGCAAUGCCCGGCAUAAACAGUUUUAGAUCUGAUUUCCUCAAUGGUGAAUUAAAUAUUAUUAGUUAAGUUGGCUCUAUCCUCUUUUUUGCAAGCUUUUGUUUUAUUUCACUCAAGUCAUUAGUUCGCUAGAUUAAUGUGUGCCGAAGCGAAAUUGACCUGCCAUACGAUUUCAUUUGUCUGACUGCUC